UUCAAGGCCUUCAUUCCUAUUCCCCUUCCUAAUUGUUCAUUCAACUUGAGCGUUCCAUUCAAAUUGCUCUUUGUCAAAAGACACUUUUUUUUUUUUUUUGGUGUGGUUUGCUCAUCUCUUGUACUUCUCAUUUCAUCACAUCUCUGAUCUUUCCAAUCUUCUCCUCAUAGAUCUUGAUGGUGGCCUUCCCAACCGAUGAGGGAGACUCCUUUUCUUCUUCCACUCAUAGGGGGGACUAUGAUGUCUUCUUGAGUUUUAGGGAUGAAGAUACUCGCCAUGGUUUUACUGGCUAUUUAUAUCAGGCUUUGUGUGACAAAGGUUUCAAGACCUUCAUUGAUAAUAAAGAUCUCCAAAGAGGUGAAGAAAUUUCAGCAGAACUUAUCAAAGCCAUUAAAUCAUCAAUGAUUUCAAUUAUCAUAUUCUCUCAAAACUUUGCAUUUUCCACUUGGUGCCUUGAAGAACUUACCAAAAUUAUUGAGUGUAAGAAAAAUGGACAAAAAGUUUUACCAGUUUUUUACAAAGUGGAUCCAUUUGAAGUACGCAAGCAGGAAGGUAGUUUUGGAUUAGCACUAACUACACAUGAAAAAAAAUUCGAGAAUAACAUAGAGAAAGUGCUGAGGUGGAGGGCAGCUUUAUAUGAAGCAGCUAGUUUGUCUGGAUGGCAUUAUGAGGAUGGAGUAUUAUAAAUGGGUUAGUGACGUAGGAUGAAGAGGCGGCAAGUGGCAUGAGGCGAAGAACAAGAAGAAGG